AUGGGUCGUCUUCAUUCAAACGGAAAGGGUAUAUCGGCCUCUGCCAUCCCAUAUUCCCGCACUCCUCCCUCCUGGUUAAAGACCACCCCCGAGCAGGUUGUCGACCAGAUCUGCAAGCUCGCGAAGAAGGGUGCUACUCCGUCGCAAAUCGGUGUCGUCCUCAGAGAUUCGCACGGUGUUGCUCAGGUCAAGGUCGUUACUGGUAACAAGAUUCUCAGAAUCUUGAAGUCAAACGGCCUCGCCCCAGAAAUCCCAGAGGACCUGUACAUGCUGAUCAAGAAGGCCGUCGCUGUCCGCAAGCAUCUCGAGCGCAACCGCAAGGACAAGGAUUCCAAGUUCCGUCUCAUUCUCAUCGAGUCCCGUAUCCACCGUCUCUCUCGCUACUACAAGACCGUCGGUGUUCUGCCACCAACCUGGAGAUACGAGAGCGCCACUGCCAGCACCUUGGUCUCGUAG